ACAAGGGAGGUAUUUUCUGACGGGUGGCUUCACAGAAGACUCAACAACUCGAGGUUGGAGGACUGCUCUACCUUCAUCUGCUGUAAGGGUCCCGUGAACGGAUUCGAGCUGGAUUUUUUGACAGGUAGGACCGAGCAAAAUGUGGAUAUAAUGUAUCCAAACACACAUCGUCUCCAGAUUCUGAACUCUUAAGUGGACCUAUGAUGAUCUGCCUACGGAGAGACGAGAAGGGUGCAAGCCACCACAGACUGUUGUUGUCUGAGAAAUGAUUACAAAUGAACGACACGGAAAGGAACAUGGUUGAAAGGACCAGUAAAUUUCUGUUGAUCGUCGUCGGAUCGGUCUUCUUCAUGCUGAUUUUGUACCAGUACGUGGCGCCAGGGGUGAUAAACUUCGGCUCCCCGCACGGGUACCUUCUCGGCGAAGAGGACAUGACCAUUUUCCCCACUCCGGAUCCGCACUAUGUGAAAAAGUACUACUUCCCUAUUAAAGAUCUCGAGCGCAACAUAGAUUUCGAAAUCAAGGGGGAAGACGUGAUUGUGUUUCUCCACAUCCAAAAGACCGGCGGGACCACCUUCGGGAGGCAUCUAGUCCAAAAUGUUCGACUGGAGCUUCCGUGUGAUUGUAGACCGGGCCAGAAGAAGUGUACUUGCUACCGUCCGAACCGAAAGGAGACCUGGCUGUUCUCUCGGUUCUCCACCGGCUGGAGUUGCGGCUUGCACGCGGACUGGACCGAGCUCACCAACUGUGUCCCGGGAGUUCUCAACAAGAAAGAAAGCAAGUCGAAAAAAACGAGAAAGUUCUACUACAUCACUCUACUGAGAGACCCCGUUUCCCGCUACCUUAGCGAAUGGAGGCACGUCCAGCGGGGGGCAACGUGGAAGACGUCCCUGCACAUGUGCGACGGACGGACACCAACGCCCGAAGAGUUGCCGCCCUGCUACGAGGGCUCAGACUGGUCGGGGUGCACUUUGCAGCAGUUCAUGGACUGCCCCUACAACCUCGCCAAUAACCGCCAAGUACGCAUGCUGGCCGACCUCAGCCUCGUUGGAUGCUACAACCUCUCCACAGUUCCUGAGAAGAGGCGCUCACAGCUGCUGCUCGAAUCAGCCAAGAAAAACCUACGAGACAUGGCUUUCUUCGGCCUGACAGAGUUCCAGCGGAAGACACAGUACUUGUUCGAGCGCACCUUCCACCUCAAGUUCAUCCGGCCCUUCAUGCAGUACAACAGCACGCGGGCGGCCGGCGUGGACCUGGAUAACAACACGAUACAGCGCAUCGAGGAGCUCAACGACCUGGACAUGAAGCUGUACGACUAUGCCAAAGACCUGUUUCAGCAACGCUACCAGUACAAGCACAUGCUGGACCGCCGGGAGCAGAGACUACUGAGAGGACAAGCGUCUUUCCACAGCCCGUUCCGAGAGGAUGGAGCCGGAGGAGAGGGUACGGCACGCCUGCCAACCGAGGACUACAUGAAUCACAUCAUCAAUGGAUGGUAACCACCCACCCCUCUCCAGAGAGACCAAAAAAGAGACAGUUACAAGAGAGGAGAGGGGGAAUAUCCAUUCCCAGAUGGGAGAGUUCAACGUCCCAUACUUUAAACGGGAAUAUGGGACCAGGAAUGUUCAAGAAAUGAGUCUGUGAGCGUUUCGCUUAGUGCCGCAUCUCAUAGGCCUUUUUUAAACAAAAGUUAUGGCAUAACAUUAAUAUUAAAUUAUUAUCGAUUUUUGUUUGUGCCACAAAGUUUUUCCUCGACCUCCGUGCUGCAGUGUUUCUCAAAAAGAGUGACUGAAACGAACAAACAGGUUUUAAUAUCUGAUUCACAUGAAUAUCUGAGAAUCUAUGAACUCUUUAGGAAAAUAUAAAGAUUGUUUUUAUAUACAUAUAUAUAAAUAUGUAUAUAUCGUUGAUUGCCUUUUUUAAACCUGGUGUGAAGUGGAUGGAGCCAGUCACAAGUGGUUGAAAAUUACUAACAGGUGUUGUGAGUAUGAUUUUAUAGAUGUAUCUUAAUAUAUAUAAGACAAAAGAGUCCCAAUUUCCAGGAGUGUUUUUAUCGUUUUUUUCCCCUUUGAGUGUCGAUUCCCAAACAGAUUCCCAUAAUCCCUUGAGAUUGUAUUGGAAAGCCAUUCCUGACAGACGUAUCCAACUGUAGUACUGAUACCCAAAAAACGAU